AUGCAUGCUCUUUCAAUUUUCACGCUCGCCGCAUUCGCCCUCGGCGCUUCUGCUCUCGGGAUCGAGCAGCGUGAAGAGACACAUCUCGAGACCCGUGCCCUCCCGCCCUGUGCCCAGUGUCCUAACAAUGAUGGAUGGUGGCUCUCCCAGUUCCGACCUGACAAUCCCGGACCACCCGAAGACCAAGCCGCGAUGUACGACCCAGGCUGGCUUCCCAGAGCAGCCUUCACCAAAGGAUAUGUUUGCUACGCUCUCGGUCCCGGCGUCUCUUUCUCCUCCGGUGGUCUUCGCCCACCCUACGGCCACUGGCAACGAAGGGACGACACACAGGUCAUGUGUUGGCAUUACUGGCAGAGCACACUGCAAUUCGUCGGUGCCGGCAUGACGGUCAACUCGUAUCCCGCGCACUGUACGGUCUGGAUUUUGACAAAGGGUUCGACUGCGAGGGUUCGGGUCGAAGGAGUCAACGGAGCACAACCGCAAUACCUGCCGGAGGGCAACAAGGUGGAGGGUUGCUAUGGAAGCUAUCAGAAUACCGAUGUGGGAUUGAUCAGCAUCUGGAGGGGUUGA